AGUCUUUCAACUGCUGCAGAUACUGUGACUAGUGCGCCGUCGCGAGGGAUCUUCGGCUCCGGAUGUGAUCGAAUUAGCACUUAAGAGCCCCCCUAAACUUCCGUGAACCAUGGCUUGCGACUUGAAACCUACGAUGUGGCCGCCAAACUCGGAAGUAUCUGUAUGGCCCGUGAAUCAACCUCAGAUGGCUCAGUCGCAGAGAUCUUCCGCGAUGGACGAAGCACUUAUACCUGUUCUGCAAGAACUAGAAAAAUCUCGGCAGCACACAGCGGCGCUAGAGGAACGGAUGAAACAGUUCGAGCAGACCUUGAGCGCGGUCCUGUAUCAAUUCCAAGAGCUGCAGAAAAACAAUGCGCAUCUGCAGCACAUGCAGAAUGGCGCGCAGAUGGAAAUAUUGCAGAGAGUGCAGCAAGAGUUCGCGCGUUCGGAGACGAUGCUUCAGGAGCAAAUUCCGGAGUCGCGAAAUAUCGUCGACCAACUGCUCUACAUUGAGCAACUCAUGCUCGAGCGACACAUUUCCGAUUGGCACCGAAUGCAGCAAUUGUCAGCGAACGGGUUCGGCGUCGAGAGUCGUCUCGAGAGGCUCCAAGAAGUUUGCGAGGUCAUGGCUGAUCUCAUCUGGCAGAACUUCGACAUCGCUACGAGGAUGAGUCUUGCGGCCGGUAAAAUGCCCGCGACUUCGGCCACCUUGGGGGAGAGUCUCUCGCUUCAUGAGAAUCGGCUCAGAGGACUCAUGUCCGUCUUCAUCAGCGGGACCUUCGUCGUAGAGAAGCAACCCCCCCAAGUCAUGAAGACGAAUACGCGAUUUUCCACCACUCUGCGAAUGCUGACCGGAGGACGAUUGAAUAUAUACAUGACUCCACCUCAAGUGAAAGUUUCCAUCAUCAGCGAGCACCAAGCCUGUGCUUUGGCUCGCAACGAUGGAUAUCCGACCACCGAAGCCUCCGGUGAAAUUCAAAAUGGCAAUGGAAACAUGGAAUACAACGCGGCUUCGAAACUUCUCUCAAUAUCCUUCCGCAACAUGUCAUUGAAGAAGAUCAGGCGAGCGGAGAAGAAAGGCACAGAGAGUGUGAUGGACGAAAAAUUUUGUUUAUUGUUUCAAUCAGUCGUGAAAGUCGGGAACCUGAGUUUUGCCGUGAGGACCCAAUCUCUGCCGGUUGUGGUGAUUGUGCACGGGAAUCAGGAGCCCGAUGCGUGGGCCACCGUAACAUGGGAUAACGCCUUCUCUCGAGGACGAAGGAUUCCUUUCUCGGUUCCUGAAGCGGUCCCCUGGAGGGAUAUGGCCCGGGUGCUUUCAAUGAAGUUCCGCUCUGCAACAGGGAGGGAGCUCUCUGAGAGCAAUUUGCACUUGCUGGCCACGAAAGCUUUCCGGGAUCCGAAUCUUCCUCUGGAUUGUGGCGACCGGAUGAUCUCAUGGGCGCUUUUCUGCAAAGAACUCCUCCCCGACAGAACUUUCAGCUUCUGGGAGUGGUUCUACGCGGUCAUGAAAGUAACCCGGGAGCAUCUCCGACCUUUGUGGAACGACGGGACGAUCUUGGGCUUCAUUGGCCGCCGCGAGACUGAAUCGUUGCUGCUGAAGAAGUCCGACGGGACCUUCCUCCUGAGGUUCUCCGACUCGGAAUUGGGUGGAGUGACCAUUGCAUGGAUCUCAGAAUGUGAUGGCCAGAAAAACGUCCUGAUGGUGCAGCCCUUCACGGCCAGAGACUUCCAGAUUCGCAGCCUUGCUGAUCGGAUAUCCGACCUCCCGAAUCUGGUGUAUCUAUAUCCAGACACACCUCGCGACCAAGCCUUCAUGAGAUACUACACGCCGAGCAACACGGCCAUCACACCUCAGACUGGCUACGUUAAACCGAGACUUGUGUUCCAAAUCUGUGGGAGCCAGCAGGGUUCACCCCCGCAUUCGAAUCCAUCCACACCGCAAUCUUUCUACGGUCAUUCCGAAACGGGAAUGUAUUCAUCUGGUCACGACGGUAGCUUCUCUGAUCCGAGUAUGCAGAUGUACGCCCUCAGCAAUGGUGAAACGAUGAAAAGACGCCGACAUGACGACCCACAUCAGCAUUCGUGGCAACCAGGGACCGAGCAAUAAAUUCUAAUUGUAAAUAAUCGAAUAUAUUUCCGCCGAACAUGACAAAAAAAUAUAGAGCGUUAAGCCAGGUUCAU